AGCGGUGAGGCAGAAGCGGCCCAGCCGGAUCGGCUGAAGCGGCUGCUGGCGGGCGGGGAUGGCGCCGUCGCGGCUUCCUCCCCUUCGCCGCCGUUGCUGCUGAGGGAGCCGGUCAUGGCCAAGAGCCGCGGCGGCGAAGCAGCAGGAGGGGCGGCCUCGGUCUCCGCGGACGGGAUGGCGGCGCCGCCUGACGCUGCCUCCGAGGCGGCCGAGUUGGACGCGAAGCUGCGGCGGGACAGCGACUCGCGGAGCUCGGUGGGCGGCAGCAGCAGCGGCGGCGGCGAUCGGCGCGUGGACAAGUUCGGCUUCCUGGUGGCCGAGGACGACGCUCCCGCCAGGGAGGCCCUGCUUGAGGAGGUGCCGCUGGAGAAACUAAGACAGAGGGAAUCCAAGUGGCUGGAUAUGCUCAACAACUGGGACAAGUGGAUGGCUAAGAAGCACAAAAAGAUCCGGCUCAGAUGCCAGAAGGGGAUCCCUCCAUCUUUGCGGGGUCGGGCGUGGCAGUACCUCUCAGGAGGCAAAGUCAAGUUGGAGCAGAAUCCUGGCAAGUUUGAUGAGCUGGAUGAGGCCCUGGGGGAUCCCAAGUGGCUGGAUGUCAUUGAACGAGAUCUCCAUAGGCAGUUUCCAUUCCAUGAAAUGUUUGUUGCACGUGGAGGCCAUGGGCAACAAGACCUGUUCCGUGUCCUGAAGGCCUACACACUGUAUCGGCCAGAGGAGGGCUACUGCCAGGCCCAGGCACCAAUUGCUGCAGUCUUGCUGAUGCAUAUGCCUGCAGAGCAAGCUUUCUGGUGCCUUGUGCAGAUCUGUGAGAAGUACCUUCCUGGCUACUAUAGCGAGAAAUUGGAGGCUAUCCAGCUAGAUGGGGAGAUCCUCUUCUCACUGCUGCACAGGGUUUCACCAAUGGCUUAUAAACACCUGAACAAGCAGAAGAUUGACCCCAUCCUGUACAUGACGGAAUGGUUCAUGUGUGCGUUCUCCAGGACCUUGCCGUGGAGUUCUGUGCUGCGUGUCUGGGAUAUGUUUUUCUGUGAAGGGGUUAAGAUCAUCUUCCGAGUGGGCCUCGUGCUGCUGAAAUACACUCUGGGUUCUUCUGAGGAGCUCAAAUCGUGUCAGGGGCAGUAUGAGACUAUGGAGCGGCUGAGGGCACUGAACCCUAAGAUUAUGCAGGAGACCUUCCUGGUACAAGAGAUCAUAGAGUUGCCAGUGACAGAGCGCCACAUAGAGCGGGAGCACCUGAUCCAGCUGAAGAAAUGGAAGGAGGCCCAUGGGGACCUUCAGUGCAAAUCCCCUCCGCGUUUCCACGGCGCCAAAGCCAUCAGCGACUCGGAGCCUUACCCUCGCAAGGCUUUGGAAUCCACUCCCUCUAUCAUCCUUCCACCUGACUCCGAACUCUUGCCAAAGGGCCGCAAGAGCAAAUUGCCAAAGGGAGACAAGAAACGGGACCAAGGAAAGGGCCGCUUGGCCAACGGGCCCAUCCUUGAAGAGAACGGAACUCAGAGUUCGCUCAAUCCAGAGUCCACUACCCUCCACCAAUCAAAGGAAAGCCUCAGUUCGCAGGAGAGUGAGGACACCUACCUGUAAACAUGGUGGCUGCACAUUCCGGACUCCUGGUUCGGUCCCAAGCUGCUGGGUCUAAGUGGGCCCUGCAGCCGGACUCCUCAGCCAAGGUAGUGGGUGGGUGACUGGGAAGUGUGGGUGGGGGGGGGCAGUUAGUGCCUUGGGGACACUUGGGGUAAGGUAAGUUAAGGGCUACUUUCCACAAGUCUUAAUUUUGCGCAACUUGCACCCCAGUGGCCAACAGGCAGGAGUCAAAUAUGCUUUUUGGCAUCUCGUUAGGAAGAGAGGUCCUUGCCCCUGCUGUUUUCUUCACUGGUGGGAGACCAGGAUUUGAUUGGCGUAAAUCAUGCAGAUACAGCACCCAUCCACCACUUUUGGAUGUGCUGCUUAGCACUGUCUGAAUGGCAAAAGUAUUGAUACACAUUCCACAAGGAAUUCUGGGAACUUCCAGAGAUCGAAUUGCUGACCUUGUCCACUAGUGUAGGUCCACUUCUCAGUGGCCACAUCCAUUCCUUCACCUUUGGGCAAGUUUGCCAUUGAAGAUUCCUUUAAUAGAGCAAUCAGAGCUGCUAGAGCUCUUGUUCUUGCAUUCCUACCCAGAGCCUUAGGGCAGCUGUGCUGCUCUCAGUUUCUGUUGUUACCCUCCUGGUACCCUCACAGGUGAGAUUUCCUGCUGGCUUUUGUUCUUCCAUCUUUGACUCUCCAGGGCAGCCAAUAAUGCCCUUCCUUCAUUUACGGAAAGCUUGAUGUUUUGUAUUCCUUGCUGUUAGUUGGAAUCCAUCAGGCCUGGAAUCCAUCAGUUGGAAUCCAUCAGGCCUCAUUUCCUCGGCUACUUGGGCACAUCACAUAGGAACAUUCAGACUGUUUGAUCCCCCCCCCCCACCUUUUUUAAAAACUGAAAUUACCAAUUAAAAUUCUUGUCUAAGAUUAAUUUCAGCUGACAGUGGGGUUGAUGAAAGGGCAGACAGUGGAUUAGCGGCACUGCUGUCUAGCCUUGCUUUCUUGCCUGAAAUCUCUCAAGUGAGCUAUGCCAUGUUAGACUUCCAAGUGCUGGAUCCACCAACCCCCAUGGAGACAUGUUCCCUUUGUGAAAAAUAAUGGUUGCAGGAAUCUGAUACGCGCACCACGUUACGGGUGAUUUUAAGUCAGGGCAAGGCAUAUUUGAUGUACACCUUGGCUUGAACUGUAUAUAUACAUUAGGCUUCAAUUCCACAUCUGGUGCUAGGAUUUCUCUCUCCAAGAAUAGGACAGCCCAUUUGCAGGACACUAAUGUAAGUUUCUUUGCCCACCUCUGAAGCAGAAGGCGGCAGCAGUAUUGAGCGGACCCUCUUCUCUUCCCCCCAACCCCCCAAUCAUAUCCUUGAUAAAUGUAAAACCAAACCCUGACAGGCUGGAGGGAGAUGGCCUCCUUUGCUGCAGCUUGUGAAGCUGUGCUUGUUUCUAAAGCCUCAGGCUGCUGAAUGUAACCCCCUGCUUUUACAAUCCACCUUCCCUCUAGCCCAUCGCAGGCUAAAGUUAGGAUCCCCCAUUUCUUUGCGAUGGAAGCGGUAGCCAACAUUUGCACCCCAAAUAUAUGGAGCGAAGCCUUGCGAUCCUUUUCUGAGGUUGAGGAGGCUCAGGAAUGAUAUCCAGAACUGGGGUGGAGCGCAGUAUUACUUGCUGGUCCAUUUCUGAUGGCAGCGCUCUGACACGGGAUGGAAGGAGGCGGGAAACUGUUCUUUCUCCGCCUGUUGCCAGGUUAUGACUGACAGGUGGUCUUUCUGUUCAGGUUCUUUUUAAAGUGACAAAUCAACAGCUGUAAUAGUUUUGUACAAAGAGCGAAAUAAACCAGAAUUAUGUAA